AUGACUUCCAUGUGUGGCAGCGGAAAGAGUCACGCCGUGAUGAAUUCUAGCAGUUAUUACAGGCCUAGUCCUUUUGCUUAUCAAAAUGACUAUUAUUUAUCGCCAAGAUCACCUUGGUCCAGGGCAUCAGUAGCAAGAAGAAAUGGUAGUACAUGGAGGUUUGGCAGUGCCAUGUUAAUUAUAUCAGCUAUGUUAGUCUUGGUCGUAGUUCUGGCAAUUGCUGGAUUAGCUCUAUGGAUGGGUGCUUUUCGAACAGAUUCUAAAAAUGCUAUCAUCGGAUUUUCAUGUAGCAUCAGAAUAGUAAGAGGCGAAAGGUAUAAUCCCAUGUUAAAACUUAACACAAGCAUGGUUUUUCGAGAAAAAGAACGAAAAUUCAAAAAUAUUUUUGAGCUUCUAUUUAGGAGAAGCGUGCUCGGUUUAUCUUACAAACAAACCAUGAUAGACAAGUUUGAGAAUGGGACUUUGAAAGUUUUCUUCAGAUUAUAUCUCGAUCGAAGGAAGAUACCACGGUCAAUCGUAAAUGUCGAAGACACCAUCCAAGACAUUAUUGCCAAGGAAACAUACUCUACAUCAUCAUUAUUCAAAGAUAUGGAGUUAGAUCUCACGUCCACAUCAGUGAAAAGAAUAAAUCAAGAAAAUAUCGUGAACCAGAAACAAGGGCAGCAGAAACAUACUAUGAUUACUAAAAAUGGUUUAUUACGACCAAAUAGAAAUAGCAGCUUGAUUAUGAGUUCAAAAUCAAAAACAAAACCAACCAAGACCGACAGCGAGUCGAAUAUAGACUUCAACAACAUUCCAACUAUCCAGGGUACUUACAGAGCAACGAAAGUUAAUAUUACCGCAGAAAAUUCAACUAAAGGAAUAUUCGAGCCAAUAAUAGAUAGCAAAGGAUUAGCCACUACUAGGAGAACGCCAUUGCAAAAACACACCACGACAUCAGAAAAAGUACUCAAUCGCGUAGAAUCUUCCCCAACUGACGAACCUUCGACAUUGUUCACAAAAUCCACAGCUAUGGUCAAUAAGGAUAAAUUGAACGAAAAAGAGGAGAAUGAAAUGAAAACUACGUCUUCAAGAACCACAACCGUUCGAAGCGAUUUGGAUAUUUUCAAAGAUUUCCUCAAUCCAGAUUUUGAAAAUAAUUCACCAUGGAAACCGAUCGUGCCGGGAUAUGUAAACACGGAAUUCAAGUUGUUACCUAAUGACGAUGUCAGAGAAACCAAUUAUACAGAAUCGACCACGCGGACAGUCAUUUCGAAGACGAGUGAUUUCCGCGAUAAUGUAAAAAUGCCUAAUGAUGGAACUAGCACAAUCUCAACGGUGCCCAAAUUACCAUUAGGUUCUGUCAACUUUCAUGACGUAUCCGAGAUAAAUACCUUCGAUAUCGACAACACCGAUUUUCCGCGGGAUAGAAUCGAUCCAGGUCUAACUAAACCAAACAAUCAUGAGAAAUUGGACAUUGAAGUCGCCGGACAGCUACCUUCGGAAAUGUACAGUGUUAAAUUAAAAGCUUCAUCAUAUGAUGGCAAUGAAAGAGUAACUUCCAACUCUGAGAGCUCGAUGACUCGCGAAGUCUCCGAAAAUAUUUCAAUAAAAAAUAAACCCUUUCAAGAAAAACAUAAAGAUUCAAACGCUCAAAACACAGAAGCAAAGUUUGAUAAUUCGGCAUCGUCGAUGGAGCCUGAUGAUGUAUUCGGGUCACACAGUGAUAAGAAAAUUAUGAACGACUCGUUCACGAGCGGUGUUGGCGUAGCCGAACCUGUACUAGACACGGAAAUCGAAUUGGAAGCGAAGAAUCGGUACAGAGGAAGCAGUAUUUUGGCGCCGACCACAGAUGAAGAUAUGUUGCGGAAUAGGAAGGUUAAUAUUAAUCAGCAACCGAUUUACACGAGUUACAAUACUCCUGAUUUAAAUGGUGGUAGUCUUGGAUCCAGCUUGAUUGAGAAUCCAGCAACAACAAAACCUUUUAGACACACGAUACCCGUCGACAAAAUCACAUCCGUUGUAAAUUAUAGUAUCAACGUUCCUUUUGAUAACUUGGAUGCUCCAUCUCUUUCAUUAAUAGACACGUCUAUUGAUGAAAAAUUGUUCCAAGACAAAGUUCUGACGCCAUUACCACCAAAGAGAAUCGUCGAAGUGGAAACUUCUGUCGUGGAGCACGAUGAUACGAUGAUCCAGUUACAAAGUGAACAAAUUACAUCAACAGAGCCAAAUAUCGUAAAAGAUGACAAUAAAUCGUACUUUAGCACAACGGAAAGUUACUCAGAGCCAAAAUUGAUUGCCAAAGAUUCGAGCGGUAAGAGAGGCGUAUCGAGAAAUUCAACCUUCGUCGAAAUCGAUACUGUCAAGCAUACGCCUGGCGAAUCGGAAGAAAACUGGGAGUCACGCGCGGACGAAGUUACAGCCAACAAUGACGAAUUACAAAGAAAGAAGGUUUAUAACGAGACUUUGAAAGCCUAUGUAGUAGAAAAUCUCGUGACGUUGGCGCCUGUCAAGAGCAACACGGGUAUUGGUAGGCCGGUGCGACCGAGACCAAAGAUCGACUCUCCUGAUACGGCUCUUUUGGAGCAAUUAUUCGGAGUGCACGAUUACACGCACGACAGAGACACAACGGAUACCGAAUCCACAUCUGAAGCUUCCUUCUCUUACAAGAUCCAGAACUCUACAAAGUCCGAUGAGAAGAACUCAAAUCAUAAAAGCACCAUAGUGGAACAGAUAGUCGAAGUCGUGACCUCCAUCAGCACCAGAGUGUCGUCCAACAUUAAAAGCGAUCCAGUCAUCUUAAAAUUUAUCGUCACCAAUUCCACCACUAAUCCAAUUGUUCAUUCGGAGAAGACUUCGACGUCAAACGACGAAGCAGAUAAAUCAUCCGAAUCGUUGAUCCAGAAACGGCCACUUUUAUCAGCGGCGAACUUAAGGACGAUACAGACGUCGGACAGAAAAAUGUCACUCGAAGAGAACAGAAUUCUGUUGGAGAAGCUCAAGCAACUCGCGCAAAUCAAAACGAAUAACGAUCCCGUACAAAUCAUUAGGAACAAUUCAAACUUGAGCGAGAUGUUGCAAUCUCAAGAUCACGCGCCGUUGUUAGAUAUCGAAGAGCUGAAGAAAAUCGCCGAUGUUGUGACUGGAAACGAGACACUAAAGAACACGAGUUCGGAAUUUACAUUGAGUCGGGACGGGGUGGAAAUAUUUACUAAAGUACUAAAUAAGGAAGAGGAUCAGACAUACGAGACACAUACAGUAUCAAUGAUCGAAAAACUCAGCAAGACUAAUGAUAGUUGCGUUGGUUUUCUGUGCGGAGAUGGAAAAUGCUUAGAUUCCAGCGCGAUUUGUAACAUGUUGGUAGAAUGUCCAGGCGCGGAGGACGAGGCUAAUUGCACGUGCGCUGAUUUUCUCAAAACACAGCUAUUAUACCAGAAGAUCUGCGACGGUAUCGCCGAUUGUUGGGAUUAUUCGGACGAGAGUAAUUGCGAUUGGUGCGAGAAAGGUCAAUUCGUAUGCGGUAAUAGCAAAUCCUGCGUUGAUAUGGAUAAGGUAUGUAACGGUUUUAGCGAUUGUCCCGGCGGCGAAGAUGAAAAGCAAUGUACCGCUCUAAUAGAUGACGAGGAAAACAUAGCUGAAUCACGAAUUGAUCUUGUCUUGACGAAAAACUCAUCAAAAAAUCAUUCCGAGACGAUCAAACGUCUCGAUCAAGUAAUCGAGAGAGACAGUGAAUCUUCUGUUACAGAGAGAGACACAACCACUCUAUAUAUCCUCCCUGAUAAUUUACAAUCUGAAAGAUUAAUAAACGAUAAGAAUGGCCUAUCUUCGAAGUUAAUCAAUCAAGAAUUGGCUCGGAAUAGAGAUGUGGAGGAGAGUAACAUCGAAGUUGCUGUUUCCAGUAGAGAAACAUCUUCGAACGUUUUAAGGAACGGUUUGAUUUCGGGGAAUAAUUUGCAUGCCAAAGAUAACAGAACUUUUCCAGUAGCAAAAGUUUAUAACAAUAACGAGAUCGAUAAUUAUAACAAUAAAGGAAUACUAAGCAUACGUAAAAAUGGUAAAUGGGGAAAACUUUGUUUUAUCAAUACAAAUAGUCUCACACAAGAGCAGUCCGCGCGUCAAGUUACGUGGUCCAUCGAGGAUCUUGCCAAGGCUGCGUGCAAGGCCAUUACGUAUCAAGAUUACGAAAUGGUGGAAAAAGUGUUGGAUCAAAACCCGCCAUCGAAUCAAUUUUACUACACUUUGUCGUACGAUAAAUCAGAUCUUUCGGAUAGAACAGCUUUGUCUUUCAAAUCGUCUCAGUGCCCGGGCGGCGAGGUUCUUAAAAUUAGAUGCAAAAAUUUCGAGUGCGGAAUAAGAACUCAGGUGGCAUCGACCGCGAGGAUUGUCGGCGGUGCUAGCAGUUCCGUGGGCAACUGGCCCUGGCAAAUAGCUUUAUACAAGGAUGGAAAUUAUCAAUGCGGUGGUGCUUUAAUCAAUAAUAGAUGGGUUAUCAGUGCUGGGCACUGCUUUUAUCACGCAGAGAAUAACUAUUGGGUUGCAAGAAUCGGUGCAACUCGUAGAGGAAGUUUCCGAAGCCCACACGAGCAACUCUUACGGGUGGAUUAUAUAUCGCUACAUCCGGAUUAUGUGCAUCACGUAUUCCUCAAUGAUAUAGCUGUAAUAAGACUCGAACGAGCGGUUAGCUUUAGCGAUUAUAUUCGACCAGUAUGCCUCCCGAAAGCACCGGUCCUCACUGGAACUGUAUGCGUGGUCACUGGAUGGGGUCAGUUAUAUGAAAUCGGCAGAGUGUUUCCUGAUACAUUGCAAGAAGUACAAAUUCCGGUCAUGUCGACAGAAGAUUGUCGACGAAAGACUCUAUUCUUGCCGCUAUACAGGAUUACAAAUGGAAUGCUAUGCGCAGGAUUGGAGAACGGUGGCAAAGACGCCUGUCUCGGAGACAGUGGUGGUCCUUUGGUAUGCUUAUCACCGUUUGAAAAUCGUUAUGUACUACAAGGAAUUACUUCAAAUGGCUACGGAUGCGGAAGGCGAGAACGACCGGGCGUCUAUACAAAAAUUUAUUCUUACAUGUCAUAUAUCGAUUAUGUCAUCGCACAGACAGAUAUCCAACCUUCUGCAGUAGAGUUCUGCAAAGGCCACAGAUGUCCUCUCGGAGAGUGUUUACCCAAAUCACGUGUCUGCAAUGGAUUUCUGGAAUGUUCCGACGGCAGCGACGAACGAGAUUGUUCCACAAUCUCGCGAUAAUACAAGACUGAUAUGUCAAUAUGAUAAUGUAAACGCGAUUUAUAUUUAUAUAAGUAAACAUUAGCGCAGUCCAAUGAAUAGAUAUGGUCUCAUUGAGGGAAAACUAACGCAACUGUAUAUAAGUUAUACGUAAAGAUACAUCGCAUCAACGUCUUAUUAAAGGCAGUACAUAUAAGUGUGUAUUUUUACUUUCUCAAGUCAUACAAACAAUUUUAUGGUAUUAAUUAUCUUUCUAUAUACAAAGAUGUGGUAAUAUCAAUCUGUAGAUAAUGCGAGUUUGAUAUUAAUUCACGUAAGUAUCUACAACGUGCAAUUAACAAUUAAAAUUUGCUUGAAAACAAUGGAUCAUAAACAGCACCGUUUAAGAUGUAAAAGCGAAUUACAAAAGGAAAUGUGAUAGAACAUUCCACGUUCUUUUAUAGCAUAGAAAUAGAAUUAAAGUACAUUAAGCAGCAAAACUCAAUAGACUGUUGCAAAAUUUUAGAGAUUCUAUAGUUAUAUCUUCAAAAGAAGGAUUCUUUU